GCAUUCAUUCAUUGGUUGCUAGAGAAGACGUACCGCAUGACCUACCUAAUUAACCAAAUAGCCAAUCCUGUCACGUCUUAUUUAUGCAUUUUACCAUGCUGCACCAGCAAGCUUGCGUUUGUUGUUCGGAAUGAUUCACCGGGGGCGUGAAAACAAACCAGUUCUCUUCUUCUUGUUACUACUAGUCGUGUCAUUGUUACUGGUGCUCGACGUCGCCGGAGAAUCACCACCGGCAGCGGGAGGAGGAGGAGAGCCGACGACGGCAUGCGGCAGUAGCAGCUACAACUACCUCGGCGCGCUGCUGCGGCUGAUGAUCCCGUGCAAGGCGGCGGUGGCGCCCUUCAGCCCGGCGCCGCCCACCGAGGAGUGCUGCCGGGCGGUGCGCGAGCUGGGGCAGCCCUGCCUCUGCCUGCUCCUCGCCGGCCCGCCCAUCUCCGGCGCCGACCGCCGCAUGCUCACCCGCCUCCCCUCCAUAUGCGCCGACGCCGACGACGAUGAGAGCGACCUGCGUCAAGAUGUAGGCUCGUGUACUGCAACGUAGCAUGUAGCAGCAGCACCAGCAGAUCCGGUGUUGCCGCCUUUUCUUUACACUUUUACUACAGAGCAUGCAUGCUUCUUCUCCUUCA